CAGUAUAUAAAGGCAGAGGACUGAAGAAGACGGACGGCUGGGGAGCAGCAGCCCUGGGACUGUGAAUAAGACCGUAAAGAGCUGUGUUUUUAUUUCCAAUACUUAGACCGGCAACUUUUAAACAAUCGUCUUCUGCGUUUUAGAUGUUUCCGUGGUUUUUUUAAAUGCUUUUUUGGCUUCUCGCUUGAUAUUUGCUGUGUAUUUUUCCCCCCACUGCGCUCAUAAUGGCGAGCUCGGCUAACUCGAACCAAGUGCCUAAACUGUAUAGAUCAGUGAUGGAAGAUGUCAUCAGCGAAGUCCGUGAGCUUUUCCUGGAUGAGGGAGUUGAUGAACAGGUCCUGAUGGAGCUUAAAACGUUAUGGGAAAAUAAGCUGAUGCAGUCCAAAGCGGUGGAAGGGUUUCACACAGAUGAGCAGCAUGCUUUGCAAGCUUCACAGCAGCAGGCCCAACAAGCUCAGCAGACACCGCAACAAAGCCAACCACAGCAAAUGCUCCUGCCUCCGCAGCAGGCUCAUCAGCAGCAGGUCAUUGUUCAAGAGCCCAAGCAUCUCCAGCACAUGAACACAACCGGAAUGAGUGCAGCAGCCACAGCAGCAACUUUGGCAUUACCACAAUUUAUCACCCAUCAGGGUCAGCUCUUGCAGGUGGUCAGAGCUGCCAAUGGAACUCAAUACAUCAUUCAGCCUCAGCAGCAAAUGUUACUGCCGCAGGUCCUGCCACAGAUGCAGACUGGUGGAGUGCAGGCCCCUGUCAUACAGCAGGUGUUGACCCCUAUUCAGGGUGGAAUUUCUCAGCAGACCGGCGUCAUCAUCCAACCACAGCAGAUUGUCCUUACAGGAAACAAAGUCCAGCAGAACACUCAGGUCAUGCAGGCAGCGGCCAUGACUGCGCAGCCUGGACAGGGAGCUGUGCAGGUGCAGGCUCAACCUCAAGUGCAACCGGCACAACAGCAGCAGCAACAACAACAACAACAACAGGCCUCACAACAACCUCCCAUGAUGCUCCAGGUGGAUGGUGCUGGAGACACAUCCUCAGAUGAUGAUGAGGAGGAGGAAGAGUAUGAUGAGGAUGACGAUGAAGAUAAGGAAAAAGAUGGCGCUGAGGACGGACAGGUGGAGGAGGAGCCUUUAAACAGUGGUGAUGAUGUUAGUGAUGAAGAAGACCAGGAGCUGUUUGACACUGAGAAUGUGGUGGUUUGCCAGUAUGACAAGAUUCACAGAAGUAAGAACAAAUGGAAAUUUCACCUGAAAGAUGGGAUAAUGAAUCUGAACGGGCGGGAUUACGUGUUCUCCAAAGCCAUUGGCGAUGCAGAGUGGUAGAAGUCCGAAGGUCAAAACCCAAAACUGUCAGGGCGAGAUGCAACGAGACCUGAAACUGUACAUUUCAGGAGAAAUCUUCCCAGUUUGAGGACUGAAGAGUGAAAUCUCAGUGCUACUGUGCUGUUUGAGUGAUAUCUGCACAAAAUUGUGUGCCAUCCAGUUAUUCAAAAGUAGUUUUUUUUUUCUUUUAAGAUGACCUUUUUACCUGAAUAGUUUUACAGGAGACCUUUUAUUUACAACAAUACACUUCCCCCUCAAAUGUAUAAAAAAUGUAUUUGGUGCAGGGAGCCAAUUUUAGCGCCUACGCUAACUUAAAGGUUGUUUCUGAUGUGUUAGGAUGGCCUUUUUAAUGCAGUUUUAAGUGUUUGAUGGUGAUUUUCGUAGCAGAGUUAGUUAAAAGCCUAUCGUCCAACGCGAGGACCCUUUCGUCACCACUUUUCAACGUAUACAAACACUAAAACAACCAAGAACUGUGUACCAGUCGUUUUCUUUGAAAUUUGCUGUGUUUUACACCUUUGUAUGUUUAACAGCAGAGAUACCAAUGAACAAGCAAGUCAAGUGUAAUGUUGUCAGUUUCACUAAAUGUGUUUGUGUCUAGCAUCGAAUUUUCUAACGUAUACUCUGGCUAAAGAUCCGCUCUGUUGGUAUGGUGCAUGUUUGGGCCGUGCAUCACAGAGUUUGUGUUGUUCUCAAUCAUAAGUGUGUGUGUGUGUGUGUUUGUGUGCGCGCGCAGUUUACUGCAUUAGGUGUCGAUGAAGUGCUCGGUCAAGCUACCCCACCCUUCCUACCUUAAUACUGGUCAGCUUUAUUUUACACUUCUAGUUUGUAUUUAUUCCUGAAGCUCAGGCAGCGUCAUAUUUUGGGGGAUGAAACCGAACUGUGCUCUUAUGAAAGAAGUGCUCCUUUUAAGUCUGUGCUCUGCUGAGGAGGAUUUCAACACGUGCUCUGAUUUGUGUAUUGCAAAUAUUUUCCCCUCUGUACGAAGUUUGUGUUCAGUCUUUUUUAACCCCUUACGGUCCUACACUAUACAGUCCCCCGUGUUUGUAUGUUUAGCAACUCACUACUGUUAUUGUGAAUUUCAUACUAAAGAUUGAACAGAGGAAAGGUUUAAGGGUAGUUCAUUUAUCAUGCUCCUUGUUUUGUGCCUUUCAGAUUUAUUUUAGAUAUCAGGUCUUUGUUUGAAAAGGCAAGGGCCUUUUAACAAUAAAUCCUACCUACAUUUCGCUUGGCUUUUUCUUAUGUAACAAAGUCAGUUUAUUGUUUGUACAUGGUUUCAUUUACUGUUUCACCAAAAUGUUUUGUCACUGAUUCGCAUCUCUAUGAAGGCUGUAUUAUGUAAGUAUAGAUCUUAAGUAGCUUGAAAACCAAGUUUUUUGCCUUUGUUGAACUUUAUUAAAGCACUAUUAAAAUUUGA